AUGGAAGCAGGAUCUGGAGGAUGGGCUGGUGGACAGGCAUGUCUUCCUGCCGUACAGAUGGCCUUAGAGGAUGUAAACAAUAGGCCUGAUGUGCUACCGGGUUACGUCCUUCAUAUGAAUACCAGUAAUUCAAAGUGCCAAGCUGGCCUGGCCACGCAACAAUUGUAUGACUUACUGUAUACACCUCCAGCAAAGUUAAUGUUACUAGCUGGUUGUUCUCCAGUUACUACUGUGAUAGCCGAAUCGGCCCCUGUUUGGAAACUCGUAGUGGUAAGUACUCGUAGUGCAUUAUCCAAUAGGGAGCGAUUUCCAACCCUGUUUCGCACACAUCCGUCGGCGAACAUGCAGAAUCCAACACGACUGUUCGAAAAGUUUCGCUGGAGGAAAAUAACGAUCCUGCAGUCCGUGGAAGAAGUAUUCACAUCGACCGCGAAGGAUCUGGAGGCACUCGGCCGACGGAAAGGAAUUCGCGUCGAACGGCAAAGCUUCUACGGUGACCCUACGGAUGCAAUGAAGACGCUACGUCGUCAGGACGCUCGUGUGAUUGUUGGACUGUUCUACGUGACUGAAGCUAGAAAAGUUCUUUGUCAGGCCUAUCAUCACAAGCUUUACGGCCGCAAAUACACAUGGUUCUUCAUUGGAUGGUAUGCGGAUACGUGGUAUGUUCCUCCAGUUGAGGAACACCUCAAUUGUACUGUGGAACAGAUGGUUGAGGCCGCACAGUAUCACUUCACCACAGAGAGCGUUAUGCUAUCUCGAGAUGAAAAUGCUACCAUUUCGGGAAUGACCGGCAAGGAAUUUCAAGCACGACUAACGGCGAUGCUUUCGCCAGAUUCUGACCCUGCAAAUACUGGCGGAUUCCCUGAAGCACCACUUGCAUAUGAUGCCGUAUGGGCUUUGGCGCUUGCAUUCAACUGUACUCGGAAUCGUCUACCGUCCAAUAUUCGACUAGAGCAGUUCACCUACGACAAUCAAUUGAUGGCUGACAUUUUGUUUGAAUGCGUGAAAAAUACACUGUUCAAAGGUGUUUCGGGGAAAGUGAUGUUUUCUGAUUCUGGAGAUCGAAUCGCCCGCACACAAAUUGAACAAAUGCAAAAUGGAAAGUACGUUGUUAUGGGGUUCUAUGAUACCACAACGCAAGAAUUGGAAUGGUAUGGAAAGGAGAAAUGGUACUCGAGUAAAGGUCCGCCGCCAGAUUCAACAAUCGUGCGAGAAUCCAUUCUAACUGUUGCCAAUGAGGUAUUUUACCAACCUUAUAAUUUUCAACGGACCAUACAUUUUCGCAAUGUGGGCUUGUGGCAUUUCAGGAUUGUAGUUCAUUCUCAACCUCAGUGCAAUAACAUAAUGAUCACUGGUUGUUCGUUGUGCAUCGCUUCACUGUUUCUUAUGGGUCUACCAUCCGAAGGUAUUACCCUGCCUCAAUCAGCAUUCCCUAUACUAUGUCACUCUCGAAUAUCUAUCUUGAUGAUUGGCUUCACUUUCGCGUACGGGUCGAUGUUUGCCAAGGUGUGGAUAGUACACCGGAUGAGUGCCAACGAAAAUCAACAACUUGCAAGCCAACAAAAAGUCGAGGAGGAUGGGUCUCCAUGGGAGAGCAUUCGAACUCUGAUCGCUUCAGUGAUCGGUCGUCAAGCAUACAUGGUUGCUGCACUACGCAAGGUGUCCAAUAAUGCAUACGGCACUGUAGCAAUCUCCAGACGAGUCAACAUGCUCAAUCAGCCUAUUCUUCCUGGACAAUUUUAUGCGGUCAUUGCACCAUUUUUCGUCAUUGAUUUAGUUAUUAUUGUGUGUUGGAUCGUUUUCGACCCUCUGCAACGAAUUGAGCAACGUUUUCCAUUGUUGCAUGUUCACUCCUGCGAGCCAAAAAUUAUGAACACCGAUGUUUCAAUAUACCGCUUCAUUAUUGGAUGUCUUUCAGGGCUUGUGCUGGGCUACAAAUGCCUGUUGCUGGUCUUUGGGUUGUUCUUGGCGUAUGAAUCUCGAAAUCUCAAGAUGCGCUACGUGAAUGACUCGAGAUUGGUUGGCUUAGCCAUCUACAAUGUGGCGAUUCUCUCUUUGGUCACUGGUCCAGUGACCACGCUACUCAUUCGCAGUCAAGCAAACGCCAAUUUUGCAUUUGUCGCUGUAACUGUUUUGCUCUGUACGUAUAUAUCACUUGGUCUUGUGUUUAUUCCAAAACUGAGGUUCAUCUGUCGCGUGCCGCACUCAGCCGAUGAGGUACAUCCGAAAGGAAGUGAUAAUAUGCGAGUUCUAUCGAAGUCGGACCAGAAAAUAUACGAACAUUUGCGAAGAGAAAACGAGACACUUCAAAGACAAAUUGAAGAGGUAUUUUAA